UUUUGUUCUGAUUUUCAACCGUUAUAAGAAACACCACCCGUCAUAUUGACCUCACUUCCGGGUGGAAGUUGGGGAAAUACGUGUCUUUUACGGGGACUUCGACGUAGACCAAUCAAAAUCCUACACACAGAAAUAGUCGACCAAUCGGAAACUAACACGACGAAGAAUCGAGAAGAAGUACAGCGUUGUGUAUUAACAUCGUCACAUCCGAGAAAUUUCACUAACAGUUUGGACACGAAUAUAACACGAUAGUCGUCAUAAAUUGUUAUUCAACAGUGAUAAACUUAAAGAAUAAUUUAUAAGGAAACAUAAAAAAGCUAAGCUAUGAAAAAGUAUAUACCUUUGUGCUGUGCAGCACUGCUACUGUUUGCUGCAGUUGUGAGGGCUGAUGAUGGAGAGAAUGGAGAUGAACAAAAAAAGAAGGAAGAUGUAGGAACUGUUAUUGGAAUUGAUUUGGGCACAACAUACUCAUGUGUUGGUGUUUACAGAAACAAGCGUGUUGAAAUCAUUGCCAACGAUCAGGGAAACCGUAUUACACCCUCAUACGUGGCCUUUACUGAGGAUGGUGAACGUCUCAUUGGUGAUGCUGCUAAGAACCAGCUAACCAGCAAUCCAGAGAAUACCAUCUUUGACGUAAAGCGUUUUAUUGGUAGAAAGUGGGAAGACCCAUCAGUUCAACAUGAUGUAAAAUAUUACCCAUUCAAGGUUGUCAACAAGAACAGCAAACCUCAUGUUGAAGCUAAGGUGAAGGGAGACAAGAAAUUAUUCGCUCCAGAAGAAAUCUCCGCCAUGGUUCUCGGAAAGAUGAAGGAGGUCGCAGAAGAUUAUCUCGGAGAAACCGUCAAGAAUGCUGUGGUUACUGUACCUGCCUACUUUAAUGAUGCUCAGAGACAGGCAACAAAAGAUGCUGGUGCUAUUGCUGGUCUCAAUGUCAUGAGAAUUAUCAAUGAGCCAACUGCAGCUGCUAUAGCUUAUGGUCUUGACAAGAAGGAAGGAGAGAAAAACAUUCUUGUGUUUGAUCUCGGUGGUGGUACCUUUGAUGUCUCUAUUCUCACCAUUGAUGAUGGUGUAUUUGAAGUAUUGGCUACCAAUGGGGAUACUCACCUUGGUGGUGAAGACUUUGAUCAGCGUGUUAUGGAACAUUUCAUGAAGUUGUACAAGAAGAAGAAGGGUAAAGACAUCAGAAAGGACAACCGCUCCGUUCAGAAACUCCGUCGAGAGGUCGAGAAAGCCAAGAGAGCAUUGUCCUCCCAGCAUCAGACCAAAAUAGAAAUUGAAUCUCUGUAUGAUGGUGAAGACUUCUCUGAAUCUCUGACCAGAGCCAAAUUUGAAGAAUUGAACAUGGAUUUGUUCCGAUCUACAUUAAAACCAGUCCAGAAGGUUAUGGAAGAUGGAGACUUGAAGCAAAGUGAUGUUAAUGAAAUUGUCUUGGUCGGUGGAUCCACCAGAAUUCCUAAAGUUCAACAGCUUGUCAAGGAGUACUUCAACAACAAGGAACCAAGCAGAGGAAUCAAUCCUGAUGAAGCUGUUGCUUAUGGUGCUGCUGUCCAGGCUGGCGUACUGAGUGGACAAGAAGACACCAGCGACCUUGUCCUUCUCGAUGUCAACCCUCUUACUAUGGGUAUUGAAACUGUUGGCGGAGUCAUGACCAAGCUUAUCCCAAGAAACACUGUCAUCCCAACCAAAAAGGCCCAGAUCUUCUCAACUGCUGCAGAUAACCAGCCCACAGUGACAAUUCAGGUGUUUGAAGGUGAACGUCCAAUGACAAAAGACAACCACUUGCUUGGAAAAUUUGAUCUGACCGGAAUUCCACCAGCACCAAGAGGAGUCCCACAGAUUGAAGUCACAUUUGAAAUUGAUGUGAAUGGUAUUUUAAGGGUUACUGCUGAAGAUAAGGGUACUGGAAGUAAGAACCAGAUUACUAUCCAGAAUGACAACAACAGGCUGUCACCUGAAGACAUAGAAAGAAUGAUAAAUGACGCUGAAAAAUACGCUGCUGAAGAUGAAGCUUUGAAAGGCAAAGUUGAAGCUAAGAAUGAACUUGAAAGUUAUGCUUAUAGUUUGAAAAAUCAAAUUGGUGAUAAAGAAAAGUUGGGAGCUAAGCUUAGUGACGAAGAUAAAGAAACCAUUGAAAAUGCUCUUGAUGAAAAAAUUAAAUGGUUAGAAUCAAAUCCUGAUGCAGAAACUGAAGAAUAUAAAGCACAAAAGAAAGAACUUGAUGAAGUUGUGCAACCAAUCAUGAGCAAACUAUACCAAGGUGCUGGUGGUGAGGGUGGUGCCCCACCCACCCAGCAGGAGGAGGGUGAUCAUGACGAGUUGUAAGGCUUGUGUAACUUAGGGAUAUCAUUAUGUCUCCCCCAGGAGACAUAUUGUUUUUGCCCCGUCCGUCCGUCUGUCCGUCCGUCCGUCCGUACGUCACACUUCAUUUCCGAGCAAUAACUGGAGAACCAUUUCACCUAUCACCUUCAAACUUCAUAGGGUUGUAGGGCUGCUGGAGUAGACGACCCCUAUUGUUUUUGGGGUCACUCCAUCAAAGGUCAAGGUCACGGGCCUGAACAUUGAAAACCAUUUCCGAUCAAUAACUAGAGAACCACUUGACCCAGAAUGUUGAAACUUCAUAGGAUGAUUGGUCAUGAAGAGUAGAUGACCCCUGUUGAUUUUGGGGUCACUCCGUCAAAGGUCAAGGUCACAGGGGCCUGAACAUUGAAAACCAUUUCCAAUCAAUAACUAGAGAACCGCCUGACCCAGAAUGUUGAAACUUGAUAGGAUGAUUGGUCAUAAAGAGUAGAUGACACUUAUUGAUUAUGGGAUCACUCCGUCAAAGGUGAAGGUCACAGGGGCCUGAACAUUGAAAACCAUUUCUGAUCAAUAACUAGAGAACCACUUGACCCAGAACGUUGAAACUUCAUAGGAUGAUUGUACAUGCAAAGUAGAUGACCCCUAUCGAUUUUGGGGUCACUCCAUUAAAGGUCAAGGUCACAGGGGCCUGAACAUUGAAAACCAUUUCCGGUCAGUAACUUGAGAACCACUUGACCCAGAAUGUUGAAACUUAAUAGGAUGAUUGAUCAUAAAGAGUAGAUGACCCCUAACGAUUUUGGGGUCACUCUGUGAAAGGUCAAGGUCACAGGGGCCCGCACAUUGAAAACCAUUUCCGGUCAAUAACUUGAGAACCACUUGACCCAGAAUGAUGGAACUUCAUAGGAUGAUUGGGUAUGUAGAGUAGAUGAACCCUAACGAUUUUAGGGUCACUCUGUUAAAGGUCAAGGCCACAGGGGCCUGAACAUGGAAAACCAUUUCCAAUCAAUAACUUGAGAACCUCUCGACCCAUAAUGUUGAAACUUCAUAGGAUGAUUGUACAUGCAGAGUAAAUGACCCUUAUUGUUUUUGGGCUCACUCCGUUAAAGGUCAAGGUCACAGGGGCCUGAACAUUGAUAACCAGUUCCGAUCAAUAACUUGAGAACCACUUGACCCAGAAUGUUGAAACUUCAUAGGAUGAUUGAACAUGCAGAGUAGAUUACCCCUAUUGAUUUUGGGGUCAGUCUAUUAAAGGUCAAGGUCACAGUGGCCUGUUCAUGUAAAAUCAUUUUUUGGAAAUAACUUGAGAACCACUUAACCUACAAUGUUGAAACUUUAUAGGAUGAUUGGACAUGCAUAGUACAUGACCCCUAUUUAUUUUGAGGUCACUUGAUCAAAGGUCAGGGUCACAGGAACCUGAACAGUGACUUGAGAACCACUAGGCCACGAGUGUUGAAAUUUAGCGGGAUGACUGGACAUGCCAAGUAGAUGAUCCCUAUUGCAGCCAACCAUCAGUGUCUCUUUGACUGUCGCUCCUGACCCCUAUUGACUUCUUGCCUAUAGGACUUUGCAUUGGGGGAGACAUGUGCUUUUUUACAAAAGCAUUUUCUAGUUAUCUAUAUCGUUAUUUAUCAUUUAUCAUCUGGGUAGUUUGCAUUAUUGGGGUAGUUUCCAUUGCAUUGAAGAUGGAGUAUACAGGUGAACAGGACUGCAUACUCAAAAGUAUGUGAUAGGCAAAGUGCAGGGAUACCGAUCCCAAGUUAGUCGUUUAUUACAAUGCAUGCUGAGGGAAAGAACUCUAUGUAGUUCUAUGUGAUAUUGACCUGAAAAUGUUACAGCAAUCUGUCUGACAGAACAUUGUUGUCAGUUCUCAGUCAUUGUGUGCUCAUUGUUUCGUAAAACAGUUCAUACAACAGUAGUUCUGUUGAAAUCUCUUAAAAUGUCAAAAAUUGUUCAAAUUGGAUUUUCACUUUUAAAUUUUCUGUUGUAUAAAGAUCUGUUAGUUCAUGGGGACCAUUAAGUUAACCUGACACAGAAACAUUUAUUUUCAAGAGUUCUGUUCAUUCAUCACUUCAUGUGUAGAUGCUACAUUUUUAUGAAUGUCUGACGAACAACUUGGCAUAUUUAUAACUCAUUCAGUAUUUGGUAAUAAGCAACUUUAUUGACCCAUCGAUGGGGUAUAACUUUGCUAGGAAGGCCUUUAAACAGUUUUGUUUCAAAGGUUUUGAAAGGAUCGGUGCAUAAUCAUAUUUUUGAACUUGCUUUUUGUUUUGUAUGAACAGUGAUGCUUAGUGCUAACUCUUAAAUUAUUUUGUUAAUGUAAAUACAUUGUAGUUCAGUGUGAAUCAGGUCAGGUAUAAUUUUAAUUGAAAAAAAAUCAUUCCCAUCUAUUUGUCCUGCAAUCACUUGUUAAAAUUGUUGUUUGAAUUCAUGAACGCUUUUCAGUGAAGAUAUGCUUUGUUUGAUUUAUAUAUAGCAACAAUUGUCUGUCAUCGAUUAAAAUGUUGGCAUAUGCAUAUCAAUUAUGUGUAUGUUUUAUAUGUGUUUUAUAUUUUAGACAAAAAAACCUGGUUGAAUUUGUACUUUCAUUUCCAUAUGUAACUGAAUUUAUAAAGUAUUUCCUAUUGUUUAAACGUUUCAAACGUUUGAGGGGGAAAAGUUGUGUAAACGACUCCCAUUUCAUUAGAAUACAUGGAUGAAUGUUGCAAAAGUUUAUGUAUAAAUGUUGAAGAGGCUGUAUAGUUUUUGACAAAACAGUUUUGUGAUAAUAGUAUGUUGAAUUUUUUUGUGACAUGUUGUAUUGAACUAUUGACAAAAUAAAAAUGAAAAUACCAAGUA